AAUGCAAUGAAUAAAGAAAGUAAUUUAGUAAUAGAGGUCCAAAAGCUUUUCACAAACGAGACCCUCCCUCUUUUUUUUUUCCAUUACUUCAUCUUCUUUCCCUUUGUUCUGUUUUGCUUUUGUUAGAAUAUGGCUAAGAUUCCUAAUACUGUAUUCUCUUUGAGACACUUCUUGGUGCUAUCCCUCGCUUUGAACGUGAGUUUCAUACUCCGAAUGUUUUAUGAUGGUGAAGUUGGCCAUAACAACUCUUCCUUGAAUAGAGCUAAAGCUAAUAAUAAUGUUCACAAAUCACGUGUGGUUAUGUCAUCCACUUCUUCUUUGAAGAAUUCUACUUGUAAAGAUCUUACAGGAAGCAAGAACAGAAUCAUAAAUCUUGACCAUGGGGAUCCGACAGUAUAUGAAAGAUUUUGGAGACAAACAGGUGACAAGAGCACGAUCAUAAUACCAGGAUGGCAAUCCAUGAGCUAUUUUUCGGAUGUGUCGAACAUAUGUUGGUUUCUUGAGGCAGAGUUUGCAAAGGAGGUAGUGAGGUUGCACAGAGUGGUCGGGAAUGCAGUCACAGAAGGACGUCACAUUGUUGUAGGGACAGGUUCCUCUCAACUUUUUCUUGCUGCACUCUAUGCUCUCUCCCCAAAUCAUGCAUCUCAACCAAUCAACGUUGUUUGUGCCUCACCCUACUACUCUUCAUACCCAUCAAUGACAGAUUACCUAAAGUCUGGGCUAUACAAAUGGGCCGGUGAUGCAGAUAGUUAUGAGAAAGAUGGUCCCUACAUUGAGCUGGUAACUUCACCAAAUAAUCCUGAUGGACAUGUGAGGAAGUCUAAGGUCAAUAGAAGUCAAGGACUUCUGGUUCAUGAUCUUGCCUACUACUGGCCGCAAUACACUCCUAUAUCAUCGCCUUCUGAUCAUGAUCUAACCCUUUUUACUGUCUCCAAAAGCACUGGUCAUGCUGGAAUGCGCAUAGGGUGGGCACUAGUGAAAGACAAAGAGGUAGCAAAGAAAAUGACCAAGUUCAUAGAGCUAAACACAAUAGGAGUCUCAAAGGAUUCACAACUCAGGGCUGCAAAGAUUUUAAGUGCAGUUUCUGACAGUUGUGAACAAGAAAACUCCAAAGAGAAUGAGUCAUUUUUCAAGUUCAGCCACAAGGUCAUGGCGAACAGGUGGAAGCAGCUAAGAGAAGUAGUGCAUCAUAGUGAAUUGUUCAGCUUAUCCCAAUUUUCCCCUGCAUUUUGUAACUUUUUCAAUCGAGUGUUGGAACCUCAACCAGCUUUUGUGUGGUUGAAGUGUGAGGGAAAUGUGGAAGACUGUGAAAGCUUCCUUAGAGCACACAACAUCAUAACGAGAAGUGGAAAACACUUUGGGGUUAGCCCAAAAUAUGUAAGAAUUAGCUUGUUGGAUACUGAUGAAAAUUUUACUCAAUUUCUAGACAGAUUAUCUACCAUACAGUCUUUGUAAUGAAAAUUUGUUGCUGCUGGUAAUAAUAUAGUUGUGUGUGUGUUGAGAA